CCUAGUUGCAAAACAUAUCUCGUUCGUCUCUCUUUAUUGGCUCAUGUGACCAUUUUCGCUAUCGUCGGUCUCGAGCCUUUUUAAUACCACACAACCAAACCAUGACAAUUAGACAGCACAGGGAACCAAUAAAAUUCAUUCUUCCCUAAUCUCUCUCUUGACAUCUUGAGUGAGAGAGAGAGGAGGGUAGAAGAUGAGAGAGAAAGGAGACACACACACUUACAUCAGAGAAAAAGGAGGCACAGCGCAAUAAACACACAAGCAGAAGCAAACGCCUGCCAAGAACAUCAAGAACCUUCCGACGAUUUGCCCCGUCCACCCCAACCGCUAGCUGCGCGCCUCGCCGCGGCGAAGAAGGGGAGUCCGGAGCUCCGGGCUGCGUAUAUGGAGGCAGCGGCGUCGGCCCCGGACCUGUCGCUGCACAUCAGCCUGCCGGGUGGCGCCACGUCGGCGUCGUCCACGCCGGGUCUCGGCCCUGGAGGCGUGGGGCGAGGUUCGGUGCCGGGAGGGGACCCGUGGCGGCGGCUGAACGGAUCCACGGCGUCGACGGAGCUGUCGCUGUCGCCACCGCAGCGGCAGGAGGGGGCGGCGGAUGUCCUGCCGUGGCGACUGAGGUCGACAGAGGAAAAUUCCUCCUUGUCUGCGGCGGAGGCAGCGUCCGUGCCGGUGACCGUGCCGAGGAUCUCUCUUGACGCCGCGGCGUCGGCGGACGCGGCGCGGGCACGGCCAAUCAACGGGGUACCCAUCUACAGCAGCCCGGGAACCGGCCAUCCGUUCCUGGCCGGCGGCGACCGCCACCACGGCCAACCAAAGGUCGGGCUCUACAACCCCUACCACUCCUCGGCGUGGCCCUCGUCCCUGCGCUCCACGACGUCCCCGCCCGCGUCGGCGGACCCAGCGGCGGCGUUCCUCGCCACAUCUGCGUACCACCGUAUGCUCUCGGGCACCGGUCGGCUCCACCUCUACGGCCUUCUCGCCGACACGUUCCGCGGCUAUGGCGCACAGCACUACAGCAGCCUGGCCUCGGCCCGCUACAUGCCGAGGCUGCCCGCGGCCUCCCGGCGCGGCAUGCGCGCGCCGCGGAUGCGGUGGACGAGCUCCCUCCACGCGCGCUUCGUCCACGCCGUCGAGCUCCUUGGUGGCCACGAGCGGGCGACCCCGAAGUCGGUGCUCGAGCUGAUGGACGUGAAGGACCUGACGCUAGCGCAUGUGAAGAGCCAUUUGCAGAUGUAUAGGACCGUGAAGAGCACUGACAAGCCUGCAACCUCCUCCGUUCCUUGGUUAGGGCCAGUCGACGGCGGUGGCUCCGGCGACGACGACCUCCCGAGUGCCGGGCAGGCUCCGGAUGUCAACGCGCAGCCGGCCACUGGGCACCAGUCUGCCUCCUCGGAGGGCGCGGUGAGCCAUGCUGGCGGCGACGGCGGUGGUGACGUUGAAUCUUCCUCCGCCGACGAUUCCGACGGCUGCAGGGCGUGCAGCACUUGGUCAAGUAGUAAUAACAAAUGUGCCGAACAAAAACUUCUGUUCAGAGAUCAAUGGCUGCCAUCAAGUGACGACAACAUGGACGCCCAUCGUUCUGCUGACGUUUCAUCCACCAUUGAGGUACAUAUAGGCCGACUACAGGGAGCCUUGCAGAUCAGUUGGCUUGCAGCAGGUACCGAGCCAUGAAAUGAGCUGCCCCAGCCUGGAGUUCACGAUGGGGCGACCGAAUUAGAAUGGUGCAGAACAUGAUUAGCAGUGCGAGCUACACACAUGCAUUGCGUAUUACUUCAGCUAUACUACUUAACUAAGAACAUACUUUGAUCGGUCUCUUCAUUGAGAAUUUAGCAAUGUGUGAUGGAACAAAAAAUGGAAUAGUAGUAUUGUAUUCUGUCAAAAGAACACAGUACAUUCUCUCUUUGGCUUUCUUCUUUUUCUUAGUUUUUUGUUAACAACUUAAGGAAAGUGUGGUGUAAAGGCAUAAUAAGAAGGUACCAUGUCAAACUUCUUCCUGCUGGCACUACUACAGAUACCCUUAUCAGUGUCGGUUUAAAAUCACCAUCAGUGACGGUUUUUGAACCGAUACUGAUUACUCGGCACUGAUAGAUAUUUUCCGCCCUUUUCAAAAUAUGACGGUUGCUGCUAAUACCAUAGCAUUUUCAAUUUUGACCGUUGCCGACAAUAGUAUACUGUAUAUUUAUAGACACACAUAUAUAAAUUUAAUUUAUGAGACAUUAA